CGGCCGGGGGGCGUGGGCGUCCCGGCCCCGGAGUGCGAUAUUAACCCGGGAGGCGGCGGCGGGGAGGGGAGAGGCUCUGAGAGGCGAGGCCGGGUGAAUCGCCGAGGGCGGCCCGACGGGCGCGGGACGGGACGGGGCAGCGCGGGCGCCGGGAGCUGCGGCCCGGAGUCGGGGCGCCUAGCCCCGGGCCCCCCAGCAUGAAGACCCCGGCGGACACAGGGUUUGCCUUCCCGGACUGGGCCUACAAGCCGGAGUCGUCCCCUGGUUCGAGGCAGAUCCAGCUGUGGCACUUUAUCCUGGAGCUGCUGCAGAAGGAGGAGUAUCAGGGGGUCAUCGCCUGGCAGGGGGACUACGGGGAAUUUGUCAUCAAGGACCCUGACGAAGUGGCUCGGCUCUGGGGCAUCCGCAAGUGCAAGCCUCACAUGAAUUACGACAAGCUGAGCCGGGCCCUGCGCUACUACUACAACAAGCGGAUUCUCCAUAAGACCAAAGGGAAGAGAUUCACCUACAAGUUCAACUUCAGCAAAGUCGUACUUGUCAAUUACCCACUGUUGGAUGUGGCAGCAGCCACCACGGGCUCCCCACUUUUGCUGACCCCUGGUCCCUUUGGGGGGACGCCUGGGCCAGAUGCUCCUCCCCUUACCCCCGAGACACUGCAGACCCUGUUCUCGGCCCCUCGCCUGGGAGAGCCAGGGGCCCGGGCGCCCCUGUUCCCUCCUGAGACAGACAAGCUGCGUCUGGACAGCCCUUUCCAGUUCCUGGGCUCUGGUGCCACUGGCUAUUCCAAGCCCCCCAGCCUGCUGGGUCCUUACAGUCGCGCCUUCCCAGACUAUCCCUGGAACUUUAACCCGUAUCUCACCGGCCCCUUCCCCAAGCUGCCCCCUUCUCUGUACCCCCCGCACUUCUACCCUAACCCUCUGGCAAGUACCCUGGGCCACCUGCCCUCAGCAGGGGCCGGGGGAGGCCCUGCAACUUCACCCCUCCUGGCUGCGGCAGGGGAGGCCCUGGGUCCUGAGCGCCCCUCAGGCCUGGCAGCAGCCCCUCGCCUGGCGCUGCCAGGAGCCAGGGGUCCGGAGGCCACACUGGGUGGGAAGGACGACAGCGACUCGGAGCUGGAAAUCACGGAUGUCAGCGGCUGCAGCUCUGACAGCGAGGGCGAUGAGGGCCUCCCUGUGCCCCCCAAGGCCAAGGCAAGCAAAGCGGGGAGCGGCAGCUGAACCCGUGUGGGGUGAAGGGUUCCACCAGGGUGGGGGUUGGGCAGCCACUCAUGCCUGGCCUGGCCUACCCUCGAUGUCCCGCCCAAGGCCGGGGACCAGCCCUCGACCCCCUCCCAGGACCGGGCACUUGGCUGCCCACCUUCUUCCCUCACCCCAGGCUGGGGUCUCCCCUCCCCUGUCCAGAGAGGGAGGGAACAUGACGGUGAUGGCCUCGAGCCUCCUGCCCAGGCUUGUUUGAGGGGGGUCCCCGCCUGGCCCCACUCCCAAAGUGCAAUAUGGCGCCCAGCCUCUCCUGCCCACCCGCCCCCCCGUGCUGUGCUCUGUGUGUUUGUGCGGCUGUGUCUCCCCUUGUGCCGGCCCCAGUCCUGACCCCCUCCCCACACAAGCCCCCUGGGACAGGGAGCUCAGAGCAAUAACCCCGCCCCUAGCCCCGCCCAGGAGGGCCCCCUCCCCACCAGCUCCCCACAACCCCCACUAGCCACCUCCAGAGAGUUUAC